CUGGAUGGAUUUAAGGGACUGACCCUGCUGGCUGUGGCACUCAUUGUUCUCAACUCCACCGGAGCUCGGACCCGGGUCUGCAGCCGGAGAGCUAGCUGCUCCUUCUCUGGCAGCUGAGGCUGUGACCCAUACCUCCAACCUUCCACCUGCUGCUUUCUCCUCCGGAGCUGCCUCCCACGACUUGAGUUGGCAACACCACCCUGCCUGUUUUUUCAGGACACCUUUAUUGGCACUCUCUUGUCUUCCUCAGCUUUCUUUUUGUCUCCUAAUUCAAAUCCAACCCCUUCUCCGUCUGCACUUCCUCUCCGAGUUCACAGCUGCUCCCACACUCCUUACACCCUUGCUCAUCUGCUCGCUGGCUGGAUUGUGAACUUGUCAGUUUCCCUAGUGCUUAGCGUGAGGCUCUUCAGAAGUGGCAGGCGAUGGAACAAGGCUCUACCAAGACCCAGCCUGAUGCCCUCUGUCAGGCUGGACCAGCAGUUUCUUGUCCUCAGGGGGCCAUUUGGGUGUGCUUUCAGUCAGUAAGACCUAAGACAUGUGGAGGCCUCUCCCAUCUUGGGGACAGAGGGGGUAAAUCAUAAAUGGAGCAGACCAUACGGUUUCCCGUCUCCAGCUGCACCCCUGCUCAGUGUGAGACAUGCACUGCAGAAAGGGGCUUGAGGGGCCUGCCUUUGGUAAGCUCGUUGAGAUUUGUUGAAGGACUAGGCAUGUGAGGAGCGAAUGGGGAAGGGAAGUCUCGUGACUUGAAGCCUUACAAGGGAACUGUGCAGAAGUGAUCCGAGUGGAUUCCGCCUUAUCAGCAGAAGCUCCUGCCGCCGGCUCUGAGCUUUGAGCCUAGACUUGCAGGAAGCCAUCCUUUCCUCCCCUCCCUUUGCCCUGCCCUCCUACCCCCCACCCCAUGAACAGUUGAAGAGCUUUGACCAGUUCACCUGCAACCUGCUGUACGUGAGCUGGAGGAAGGACCUCACCGAACACCUGCACAACCUGUACUUCCGGGCCCGAGUGUACUACACCCUGAACGUGCUGCGGGAUGACAUCGAUAAUCCGGACCAGCGCAUCAGCCAGGAUGUGGAGCGGUUCUGCCGGCAACUCAGCAGCAUGACCAGCAAGCUGAUCAUCUCCCCCUUCACUCUGGCCUACUACACAUACCAGUGCUUCCAAAGCACAGGCUGGCUUGGGCCCGUGAGCAUCUUUGGAUACUUCAUCCUGGGAACUAUAGUGAACAAAACUUUGAUGGGACCCAUCGUGACGAAGCUGGUGCAGCAGGAGAAGCUGGAGGGGGAUUUUCGGUUCAAGCACAUGCAGAUUCGAGUGAAUGCCGAGCCUGCAGCUUUCUACAGAGCUGGACUCGUAGAGCACAUGAGGACGGACCGCAGGCUGCAGAGACUCCUUCAAACCCAGAGAGAGCUGAUGUCCAGGGAGCUCUGGCUGUACAUUGGUAUCAACACCUUUGAUUAUCUGGGCAGCAUUCUGAGUUACGUCGUCAUCGCCAUCCCUAUCUUCAGUGGGAUCUAUGGAGACCUGAGCCCCACAGAGCUCAGCACCCUGGUCAGCAAGAAUGCCUUUGUGUGCAUCUACCUCAUCAAUUGCUUCACCCAGCUCAUUGACCUGUCCACCACAUUCUCCGAUGUUGCCGGUUACACGCACAGGAUUGGAGAGCUUCAGGAGGCCCUGCUGGACAUGUCCCAACAAUCACAAGACUGUGAGAGCCUAGGCGAGAGUGAGUGGGAUUUGAACAAGGCACCAGGGUGGCCGAUUGCAGAGCCAUCAGACACAGCUUUUCUGCUUGAUCGGGUUUCCAUCAAGGCCCCCUCCUCUGACAAGCCCCUGAUCAAGGACCUGAGCUUGAAGAUCUGCGAGGGCCAGAGCCUGCUCAUCACAGGCAACACAGGCACCGGCAAGACCUCCCUGCUGCGGGUGCUGGGAGGCCUGUGGGAGAUCAUGAAGGGCUCAGUGCAGAUGCUGGCUGAUUUUGGGCCCCACGGGGUGCUGUUCCUGCCACAGAAGCCAUUCUUCACUGAUGGGACACUUCGGGAGCAGGUGAUCUAUCCCCUGAAGGAGAUCUACCCUGACUCAGGCUCUGCUGAUGAUGAGAGGAUCAUGAGGUUCUUGGAGUUGGCAGGCCUGUCCAGCUUGGUGGCGAGGACAGGAGGUCUGGACCAGCAGGUGGAUUGGAACUGGUAUGAUGUCCUGUCCCCAGGGGAGAUGCAAAGACUGUCCUUCGCUCGUCUCUUCUACCUACAGCCAAAGUAUGCAGUGCUUGACGAAGCCACCAGUGCGCUGACAGAGGAAGUGGAGAGUGAGCUCUAUCGCAUUGGCCAGCAACUGGGGAUGACAUUUGUCAGCGUGGGCCACCGGCCCAGCCUCGAGAAGUUUCACUCCUGGGUUCUGAAACUCUGUGGAGGAGGAAGGUGGGAACUGACCAGAAUCAAAAUGGAGUGAAGCCAGACAUGGAUACGCCAGGACAGCCAAGCCCUGGGCAGGCCUGCAGUGCCCGGAGCAGACAAGCAGGGCUGAUGGGACAGGGAGGAGCCUCCCAUUCACCCUAGCAGCCGCAGGCCCUGCCCAGGGUUGGCCCUGCAGGGAACGCUGAGGUCUCCCCAACACUCCCCCGUGAUUUUUCACAAAUUACUUCAGAUGAUGUUUGCUGAAGAGAAGCUGAACGAACUGAGAAGUGAGGGUCGGAUUGAGACAGCUAUUCCACUCAAGAAAGCUGAUUCCAUUUCAGUGAUAGAUUUUUUAACUUUAACUAACCAUUUGGAUUUUAUAAGUGUUUUUUAAAAAAAGAAUAAGCAUUAAAACCAUGGCUUUUCUCUAC